AUGCGGGCCUCCAGACCCUCCACGGUCCUCAGCAGCAGGGCCUCGCUGGCCUUCAGGCUGGCGGCCUGCGCCUUGAGCGCAGGGCGCUCCGAGGAGGUCCAGCGGGCCAGGGUCUCCUCCCUGCGCCGGGAGCCCUCUGCCAGCAGGGACUGGGCCACGCGACGCAGGCGCGACAGCUCAUCGUCGGUCAUGGCGCAGGCAGUCGGGCGGGUGGGGGGGUGGGGGUUUGGGGGUCGGGUGCCGGGGUGA